AUCGGCGUCGCAAUGCGCUCGGCCCUCCUCGUCGUCGCGGCGGCCCUCGCGCGCGCCGACGACCGCCCCGACGUCGGGGACCACGCCGCCUUCGCCCGCUACAUGGUGAAUCGCUUGACCUGGGCGACGCUCUCGACGAUCUCCGAGGACAAGGAGAUCAAGGGCUAUCCCUUCGGCAACCCGGUCUCCAUCGGCGACAACGCCACGGGCACGCCCUACAUGUGCGUGAGCCCGCUCGACGCGAGCGUCAUCGACCUCGAGAAGAACGCGCGCAUGUCGCUCACGUUCUCCGAGGCGCAGGAGUUCGUGACGACGGCGGCGUGCGACCCCGCGGGCGGCGACCCGGAGAACCCGCCGUGCUCGCGGCUCGUGCUCACGGGCGAGUUCAAGAAGGUCGAUCCGAAGCACGAGGAGUGGGCCGUCGCCGCCGCCGCGCUCAAGAGCAAACACCCGGCGAUGGACGGCUGGGGCUGCUUCGGCGGCGGCGCCAUGUCGUCGCACGCGUUCUUCCUCGCCAAGCUCGAGAUUCGCCAGGCCUGGCUCAUCAACAUGUACGGCGGCCCGGCCGUCGUCUCGCCGAAAGACUACUACGCCGCGGACGCGCCGCUCCCGGCCAAAUCCGCCGCGACCGGACGCGCGGCCGCCGAAGCCACGGCGACCGCCUGAGUUGUAUGUCCGCGUCGCGGUCCGCGACGCCGCGCUCGCGGACCCGGGCGCACGCGCGAAGCUCCGCUGCUGGCCCAGUGGGGCCUCGCGUCGGACGCGGACGACGUCGGUGACGUGCUGGCGAGGAGGAGGGCGGCGCUGAACUACGGCGCGUAGGGUGUCUUACACAGUGUCUAGAUG